GCUCACAAUUGACCCCAUCGCUUCAUAAGAGUCAACCGAACUUUUCUCCAGUUGUAUCACCAGCCAAAGCUAGAGAGAGAGAGUGUUUUUAGAGAGAGAAAGUACAGGGAGAGGGAGCACAUGUUGCUGCUUCUAUAUUGAAUCCACCAGCUCUGGUUCUGUAUAUAGAUUUGUUCGAUUUCACGAGAAAUCGAUAAUGGGUUUGGUUCAAUAUAUGCGUUCUAUUGAUUGGGACCACGAAUCGUAUCCAGAGUAUGCAGAUUUCGCAGUUCUUCCCCUCUUCGCUGUGUUUUUUCCGACACUUCGUUUCUUUCUUGACAGAUUUGUCUUUGAGAAAUUGGGAAGACGAAUGAUAUUUGGAAAAGGACAGCAGUUAGUGGACGUUGAGACAAAUGAGAGAAAAAAGAAGAUAAGGAAAUUCAAAGAAUCAGCAUGGAAAUGUGUUUAUUUCCUCUCAGCAGAGAUUCUUGUGCUUUCUGUAACUUAUGAUGAGUCUUGGUUCACAAACACAAAAUAUUUCUGGGUUGGACCUGGAGAUCAGGUCUGGCCUGACCAGAAAAUUAAGUUGAAAUUGAAAGGAGCAUAUAUGUAUGCUGCUGGAUUUUAUACAUACUCCAUCUUUGCUUUGAUUUUUUGGGAAACCAGGCGUUCUGACUUUGGGGUGUCAAUGAGUCAUCAUGUUGCAACUGUCAUGCUCAUUGUGAUGUCUUACAUAUUGAGGUUUGCCCGUGCUGGUUCUGUUGUUUUGGCUCUUCAUGAUGCUAGUGAUGUAUUUUUGGAAGUAGGGAAGAUGUCCAAAUACGGUGGUGUAGAAACUCUUGCUAGCUUUUCAUUUAUUCUCUUUGUUUUAUCUUGGAUCCUUCUUCGCCUCAUUUACUAUCCAUUCUGGGUCCUUCGGAGUACAAGUUAUGAAGUUCUCCUUUCCUUGGACAAGGAUAAGCACAGGAUUGAUGGACCAAUCUACUAUUAUGUGUUCAACACGCUUCUUUUUUGCUUGCUUGUUCUUCAUAUCUAUUGGUGGGUAUUGAUAUACCGGAUGCUUGUCAAACAAGUCCAAGCAAGAGGCAAACUUAGUGAAGACGUUCGAUCUGAUUCUGAAGGUGAAGAUGAACACGAAGAUUGAUCAUGUACAAGAUUUCCGAUCACUCCUUUAUUCGUGUGUGCAUUUGGACGCCGUAUGGAAGAAAUGAAGUCAUAUCAUAGUUACCAAUACGAUAAUAUAAUUAAAGUUGAGGUUACAUUCUGGGCUCAUAAAACCACCAUACACAUCUAAUUGCUAUGGAGAUCUGAAGGGAGUUGUCUCAAAUGCUGCAUAAAACGUGUCGGAUUAUUUAGUUUUCUUUGAACCUCCAAAAGUGCCCUAAAUUUGUCAUUGUAGGAGUUAGCUAGUGGACAGAGGUUUGAUUUGUGAUUCUGAAAUUUAGGUCCAUUUUAUUCACCCCAUUGGUUCUACCCUGCUGGCUUAAGAAGUUAAGAGUGGGUUUUUGCAGGAAAGUUGACAUUUGUUGUUGUUGGUUGUAAUGCUUGUGUUGUAAUACUUACUACAUUGGCCAAAAUACUUGUUCUAAGAAAUUUCACCAUUAUUCAGAACA